UAAUUGAACCUCGUGUUGAAUUUAAUACUACUACACUUGCUAGCGUGGGCAAUAUUAUACCAAACGUAUAAUAUCAAGAAGAUGACAAUGACAACAUAAAAAGACACCACCUCGCGUUGAACAUAAUUUGAGUUUGACAUGGCUACUAUCACCGGAAUCACUGCUGCUGCCAUGGACACUCCGCUUCUGCUAAGCAACGACGACGUUGUCAGCAGCGUCGUUGACUUCAAAAACCGUCCUGCUCACCGAUCCAAAACUGGUGGAUGGAGAUCAGCUUCAUUCAUAAUAGGAGUGGAAGUUGCUGAGAGAUUUGCGUAUUAUGGAAUAAGUACGAAUCUAAUAACAUUUCUUACUGGUCCAUUGGGUCAAUCCACUGCCAGUGCCGCAGCUAAUGUCAAUGCUUGGAAUGGAACCGCAUCUCUUUUGCCGCUGUUAGGUGCUUUUGUGGCUGAUUCCUUUUUAGGACGAUACCGUACUAUUACCAUUUCUUCUUGCAUUUACAUUCUGGGCCUUGGAUUGUUAACACUUUCAGCCAGUUUUACUUCUUCAACUUCUACAGGCUGUAUCACUGUCGCUGAUACUGGGACAUGUUCUCCUCCACAAAUCCAGAUUAUAUUCUUCUUUUUCUCUUUAUAUUUAGUAGCAGUUGCACAAGGAGGGCAUAAACCUUGCGUUCAGGCUUUUGGUGCUGACCAGUUUGAUGUUAAUGAUCCAGAGGAGUGCAAAGCUAAAAGUUCCUUCUUCAAUUGGUGGUACUUUGGAUUAUGUUCUGGUACUAUGGUGACUAUUAUAGUCUUAUCGUAUGUACAGGAUAACUUUAGCUGGGUACUUGGGUUUGGAAUUCCUUGUAUCGCCAUGGGAGUUGCUCUAGUCCUGUACUUGCUUGGGACAGUGACAUACCGGUAUAGUAGUAAUGAUGAUGAGAAAGGCCCUUUCACUAGAACCAGUCAAGUAUUUGUCAAAGCAAUUAAGAAUUGGAAAAUUGAUCCCUCUGAAUUAUCCAUUUUUGAGGAAGCUCGUGGAACUUUACCACAUCAGAAUUUUCUACAAUUCAAUUUUCUUAACAAAGCUUUGAUCUUGCCUAAUGGUUCAAAGGAAGAAGCAAACAUCUGUAGCAUGAAUGACGUUGAAGAGGCAAAAGCCGUUUUGAGGCUAGUUCCUAUAUGGGGUUCUUGUUUAGCAUUUGCCAUCGUCUUUGCACAGUCACCCACUUUCUUCACCAAGCAGGGAGUUACCCUAAACAGGUCUGUCGGGUCAAGCUUUGAGAUUCCACCCGCUGCUUUGCAAUCUUUUAUCACCCUUACUAUUGUAGUCAUUAUUCCCAUCUAUGACCGUGUUCUUGUUCCUUGUGCUCGAGCUGUAACCGGGAAACCCUCUGGCAUAACAAUGCUUCAAAGAAUUGGGGUUGGUAUAGCCUUCUCCAUCAUUUCUAUGGUAAUUGCAGCUCUGGUAGAGAUGAAAAGACUCCAAACUGCUCGUGACUACGGGCUGGUUGAUAAACCCGAUGUUACCAUUCCAAUGUCCAUCUAUUGGCUGGUUCCACAGUAUGUGGUAUUUGGAAUUGCUGAUGUAUUUACCAUGGUUGGUCUGCAAGAAUUUUUCUAUGAUCAAGUUCCUGGUGAACUUAAAAGUAUAGGUCUUGCUCUCUACCUCAGUAUCUUUGGUGUGGGGAGCUUUCUCAGUAGCUUUCUCAUUUCUGUGAUCGAGAGAGCAACUUCUUCUAAUGGCGGAGGGAGUUGGUUCUCAGACAACUUGAAUCGAGGACAUCUGGAUUACUUCUAUUGGAUACUAGGCGGCCUGAGUACAGUGUCAGCUGUAUUUUAUUUGUAUUUUGCAACAACAUAUGUUUAUAACCGCAAAUAUACUCUCUAAGGUUGAGCAUUCUAUAUUUGAAUGGUAAGCCUGAUCAUAAAUGUUAAGUAUCCGAAUUAAUCGUCC